GCUAGAAAAUUAAAAACAGCGUGCGUACCACUCUUAUCAAAAAAAAAGCAAGAAAAACAACAAACUUGUAUUAUUUGCCUGUUUGGCGUCUAUUCCGCGCGCGUGUGUGCCAGCGUAUAUGUGUGUGUGUAUAUGCGUGUGCGUGUGUAUGCGCCGCCGCUUGUUUGCAGCUGCAGCCACAACAGCAACAACAACAAUAUAAUAAACAACAACAACAACAACGACCACUAGCCAAGUCAAUAGUGCACCAACAACAACAACAACAAAAUCAGCUUUUGCAAUAUUUAACAUUAAAGCUGCAACAUCGUCAACUUACCACACGUCUGUCAACGCCAUUUGCUGGGCAAUAUUUCACACAACUGAACGAAACAACGAUAUUAAACUAAACUAGCCUAUCAACAACAAUAAAAACUACAACAACUGCUUAAAGGUUUCUUCAGCUCUUCUAACCAAAUGUACUAGUUAUAAACUUCAAGCGCAUAGCACAUCAGUCUUUUGAAAAUGCGUUGCCAGCAAACCAAAAAUUAAAUUUUGCAACAGUCAAAACCUCACAAAAUAUAAAAUAAAAGUAGUGCAAACAAACCACAACUGCUGAAAAAAAAAUCUCAAAGCGCAAGCAAAGCUGAAAGAGAAUUAAGUAAAGAUUUCUACGCUGUGCACACACAAUUUGCGUAAAUGCUGAAUAUAAAAUUUUGAAGCAAGAGCUAGAGCUAUUCUAAAUAAAUGUUUAAGCUGUUGCAUGCCACACGCUGCAGCUAAUUGAAAGCAAGAGAGGAGCAAGGCGGGCAACCCUCAUUGUAGCUACGCGCGCUUUUGCUGAACUUUGACCCACUCGACGUGUUUGUCCUUUGGCUCUGACUCUGACGCUGGUGCUGGUGCUGGCUCGCUCUAGUGUUAAUCACAGCAACGUGCCACAAGCGGCAAGAGCUACUUAAACCCGACAGCACGACACAGACACGUUGCACUCACUUUUGUUUUCACAACAACAGCAGCAGCAGCAACAGCGGCAAUAGCUUUGGACUCAAGCUAAACCCAAACCCAACACCAACAGCAGCAGCAGCAACAACAACAAGAAAAACCAAGGACAUGGACUCGUCGUCGUCGUGCACGCUGUUUGUCGUGUUGAUCUUCCUUGUGAUAAUUAAAGAAAGUUGUCAGGGACCACAUGAGAAACGAUUACUCAAUCACCUGCUCUCCACCUACAACACGCUGGAGCGACCCGUUGCCAAUGAAUCGGAUCCGCUGGAAGUGAAGUUUGGACUGACGCUGCAGCAAAUUAUCGAUGUGGAUGAAAAGAAUCAGAUUCUGACCACAAAUGCGUGGUUAAAUUUGGAAUGGAACGACUAUAAUCUGCGCUGGAACGAGACGGAAUAUGGCGGCGUCAAAGGCAUUACGCCCAACAACUGUGGAAGGCCCGGACGUCUGUACAAUAGCGCGGAUGAGGGAUUCGAUGGCACGUAUCACACCAACAUUGUGGUCAAACAUAACGGCAGUUGUCUGUACGUGCCCCCUGGUAUCUUCAAGAGCACAUGCAAGAUAGACAUCACGUGGUUCCCAUUUGAUGACCAACAUUGCGAAAUGAAAUUCGGUAGUUGGACUUACGAUGGAAAUCAGUUGGAUUUGGUUUUGAAUUCCGAAGAUGGAGGGGAUCUUUCCGAUUUCAUAACAAAUGGCGAGUGGUACUUGCUUGCCAUGCCGGGAAAGAAGAAUACCAUAGUCUACCAGUGCUGCCCAGAACCAUAUGUCGAUAUCACCUUUACUAUACAAAUACGACGACGUACAUUAUAUUAUUUUUUCAAUUUAAUUGUGCCAUGCGUGCUUAUAUCAUCAAUGGCCCUCUUGGGCUUCACACUACCCCCGGACUCGGGCGAGAAAUUAACGCUGGGCGUAACUAUACUACUAUCAUUAACAGUAUUUCUUAACCUUGUUGCCGAGUCUAUGCCGACAACGUCGGAUGCUGUUCCUCUUAUAGGAGUUACAAUUCUUCUAUCGCUCACAGUGUUUCUCAACCUUGUAGCUGAGACAUUGCCCCAAGUAUCUGAUGCAAUCCCCUUGUUAGGUACAUAUUUCAAUUGCAUCAUGUUCAUGGUUGCAUCCUCAGUGGUGCUAACGGUUGUGGUGCUCAAUUAUCAUCAUCGCACAGCGGAUAUACACGAAAUGCCACCGUGGAUUAAAUCCGUUUUCCUACAAUGGCUGCCCUGGAUUUUGCGCAUGGGUCGUCCUGGCCGCAAGAUAACGCGCAAAUCAAUAUUAUUAAGCAAUCGCAUGAAGGAAUUGGAAUUGAAGGAGCGUUCUUCCAAAUCAUUACUAGCCAAUGUUCUAGAUAUUGAUGAUGAUUUUCGUCACACAAUAUCCGGCUCUCAAACCGCCAUUGGUUCAUCAGCUAGCUUUGGUCGGCCCACAACGGUGGAGGAGCAUCACACUGCAAUAGGCUGCAAUCAUAAAGAUUUACAUUUGAUUCUUAAAGAAUUGCAAUUUAUCACAGCGCGCAUGCGCAAAGCUGACGAUGAAGCGGAAUUGAUAAGCGAUUGGAAGUUCGCUGCAAUGGUUGUGGAUAGAUUUUGUUUAAUUGUUUUUACGCUCUUCACGAUUAUUGCAACGGUAACCGUGCUGCUCUCGGCUCCUCACAUAAUUGUGCAAUAAGCAGGACGCAGGACGCUCAAUUUAGACAAUUAAGCUGCACUCACUUACGCAUACACAAAUAGACACACACACACACACACGCGCAUGACGUUCGUACGUAUGUGUGGGUGAGCAUGCAUAGUUAAGUUUCUUUUUCAAAAAAAAACCAAACUAGCAAAGCUGCAAAUUAAUGAAAAACAAAAUUAUAAAAUUACAAAAAA